AUGGCGCCUAAGAAGAAGGGGCCGCGCUCCGGGCGCCAGGGGGCCGCGGCGGGAGAGGGCGCCGAGCCGCCGCUGUCGGAGCGCCGUCAGUACCUGCAUCGGCAGCACAAGGGGCGCUCUGAGGAACUGCAGGCCUGCAAGCAGCGAGUGGAACAACUGACGGCUGACAACCGUUUGGUUGACAGCGAGGCGGCGCGCCUGCGCGAAGAGAACCCGUUUCUGGAGAGGUACACGAGCAUGCGCGCGCAGCGCUGCGCCAACUCCGCGCAUCGUCGUGAACGGGAGAGCAGCGUGGACCUGUCGCAGAUCUACAGGCAGCGCGCAGAGCUGACUUCAAUCUACCGCGCGCGUGAGGACAGGCUGCGCGCGCAGCUGCUGGACACGGAGGCGCGCGAGGCGCAGAUGGCGCAGCAGGCGCGGAACCUGCAGCUCGGCAAGGUCAGUGCGCGCGCGCCCGCGGGCGGGCCGGGCUGGGGCCGGGGAGGAGCUGCAGCUGCAGCAGCUGGCCCGGAUCCGGGCUCUGGAGCGGGAUCUACUGCAAAUGCGUGUGGAGGACACGCAGCUACUCCACCGCGUGAGGCCGCAGUUUUUGGAGGGCAAGGCAGCGCUGGAGCGCGAGGCGCGCCAGCGGGAGGCGGCGGGCGCGCUCUUGGCGCGCAUCCAAAAGCCACAUCCAUCCGAGCGGACCGCGGGCCCCUGCGGCCGGAGUUGCCGCCGUCCCACCGGGCCCAGGCGCUGCGGAACCAGCCGCGCCAGCUGCCGGACCACGGCGAGCGGAGGACACGCGGGGCCUGGCGUGCGUGCACGGAGGCGCGUCCUUGGCCCCUUUGGGCCGAUAUGAGCGAUCAGAUGCGGGCUCCAAGCUCCCGCCCUUGCGGGUGGCCCACCGACCUGCCAGGCUCGUCCGCAGGUCUUAUAGCCCAUCACCACCGGCCCCAGUGGACAGCGACCAAGAUGAAGCCGCCUCCGGGAGAGCCCGAACCUACCUCGAGGAAGGCUAGUGAGGCCAGAAGGUGGCGGGGAAAAAAGUCCACUUUCCGUGGUAAAUAAAGGCGUGACUCCUUCCUCCA